AUGCAUCGAGCAGCCCACUCCCAGUUCCGGCCAGGAGGGGACACCCUUGCACGUUGGCAGGCCUGCCCUUUGGCUGCCGGGCCGCUCGUGGGUCGUCGCACCACGAACCAGGGGGUCUGUGCGUCGACGGCGAAGGCAAACGCUGCGGCCGCUGGGAGUUACCGCGCCGGGGGGGGGGACCUCCCACAUGCAAAAGUCGUGGUGAAGGAUUGGAAACCCGCGUCUCAGUCGAUCGAGCUGACGUUUCGGCCAUCGUGUUCCGGCAACGCCGGAGCUGCUGCUCUCCUCCUCCUCCUCCGCGUCGCCCGGCGCGGGGGCCCCCUCACCCAAGCAAGAAAUUCGCUGUCAAAACGGACGAACGAAAAGAUUAAAGCGGCAACGAAACGAGGCGCAAUAAGCGGGGGAGGGGGGGAGCGCUCUCGGCGGCAGGGCGGAGAGAAAUGCAAAAUCUGCGGUUGGAAGGAGGAAAGCGACAAGAUGGACUAUGGAAGGGGCGUUUUCCGGCCUAAGAAACGAAGAGAAAAAAAACGGCGGCGAAAGCUACGAGGGCAACGAGAUGGUGAAUGUUAUGAAGAAGUUGGUGAUCGUGGCGAACACGCGAUAUUCCUUUGCAGACGAGGUUCAAUAUGGUCUCAGGCGACGGCGACGGCGACGGCGGCCCUUUGUAGCAGCUCUUCAAUAACCGCGGCUGCGUUUCAAGAACACGCGGAAGCCCGCUUUCCCCGCUCCCCGUCUGCCUGCGCGGCGCCGGUCCUCCUCCUAUGCAUAAAAAUGAUGAAACCCUACCGCUCCACAAGGCGCGUGGACCGCCGGUCAAUAGAGUCGAACGCCGGGGUAAGCAAUGCGUCCGACAAAUUAACCUUCCAAGGGCUCAGAUUACUCGUCGCUAAAGCCGCAGCAAGCGCGUUCGUUGCCUGGCCGCCCCCGCGCCCGCGCCCGCGCCCGCGCCCGUCGCACCCUCUGCGCCAGACACGAAGUUCGGUCGUGGAAGAAGCAGAGAUGGCGGUGAGGAAGAUGACGGCAGUGACGGUGACCGUCACGCUCAUGGUUGGGGUAAUGAUGGUGACCACACGCAACACGAUGAAGACAAGAGAAGACAAGGUAACAAAGGCUGCCGUGGGCGGGGCAUUCCCGACCCGACCCUUUCCGAGGGUCCCAGCCAUCGAUUCUAUUGAAGAAGGUGUCCUCCGCCUUCGGUUGCCGCAUUGUUCGUGCGCUAACUUGGAGGGCCCUCCGAUGCGCGCGCCUGCUGGGGACACGGGUUUAUUGAGAUGA